AUGCGCUCCAAUGGUGCCGGGCACUUGGGGAAUGACACUUUUAUGGCUGUUAUACGUGACGACACAGAAAAUAUGUUCCUUGUGACAAAAAAGCUGGUGGAGGAGCCCGUCACGUUGUACCCGUUGCCGCGUCGGGUGCGCUUCAAUCCACGAAGUGACAUCGCUUCUAUGGAUGCUGACAUUUCAUCGGAGACACCUGCGUUCACGAGGAUGAAGGAACGAGACGCGGCGACACCGCAUUCUCAGUUGGACAGCCCACAACAAGAGGUGCGGUGCAGCCUUCAUACCUCCGCUGACGGAAAGCUGGUGGCUGUAAUAAGCACAGGUCGGCUAAAUCAUUAUCUGAUCGAUGUGCUGAGCGCCCGUGUCUGUGAGUUUAAGACAACGGCUGUUGUGACUGGCGUGGCGUGGCAUCCAACCAGCCCCAGGCGUCUUAUGCUCCUCUUGGCGACAGGAACGCUCCUCCUUCUUUUUGCCGACACCGCAGUCUUGGGGGUUGUUUUUCAAGACCGGCAGAAAGUUCAUCUCAGUGAGGUCAUUCUGGACUAUAAGUAUUAUAUCCUCAACGGCGAUAACGUCGCCCCAACGGAUCAACUGGAGGAUCUGCGCGGCCGCAAGCGUGAGUCGCUGAUGUCAAAAACAACUCCCAAGGCAGUUGAGCACAAAGCCGCGGCAUUGAUUAAGGACCGCGAGGCAUCACCACCAGCAGCGACCCGAAGUAAUUCAUCAUCGUCAUCAUCAGAAUCUGCUGCCCAGGCAAGUAAAAUCUCCUUUGAAGAUAACAACGGGGAGGAACAGAAGGAAGAGCAAUGGAAAGAAGAGGAUAAUAUUCGGGAAAAGACGUCAUUACGGAUAAUGAG